AUGCAUGUGUGGCUCGUAAUAUUCGUAUCUGCGGUGGUUUUACCCGCUCAGAGUUUGAGAACAUUCGGUAUCGGUCUUUCGUCGCAGUGGUUAUAUCCAAACGAGUCUGAAAUUUUCAAUUACACGCUGAGUACGCGUUCAUCAUGGGGAGUCAUGACACAUUUUUGGGUAACGGGAGAUCCAGCGAUUGAUCUAUCGACAUUCUCGUAUUACAUUGACGGUGAAAGCGUCCCAUCGAUUGAGUUUGUCAGUUACAUGGUAGCUGGUGCUGGUUUCAACGAUCAGACGGCGCCAUGGGGUACCACAUGGAUGGGUAAAGGAGCUAAAGGUGGCGCUUGGUACAACAAUUUUCGAGUACCUUUCCAAAAAUCGAUUCGAAUAACCGGUCGUUUGCCCCCGGGUAUCAUCGAUAGAAAAAUGAUAUGGAUAAUCGUACGCGGCACAGAAAACUUAACAACUUCAUUCCAUGGCUUUCAACUUCCGCCGAACGCGCGAUUAACUUUACACAAAAUUGAAAACAAAACAUAUGAACCUUUCGCAUGGGUUCGUCUUGUUGACGUUCCUACCGGUGAAGGUCUUCUUCUUUCGCAUAGUCUAGCAGUAACCAGCGGCAAUUUGGAAUUUCUCGAAGGAUGUUACCAUGCUUAUCCCGAUUACGCGCAAGCAUUUCCUGGUGUUAUCAUAGCGACUGGUACGGAGGAUUAUUUUGAUAGUGCCUUCUAUUUCAAUGGUGGACAGUUUCGCUUUGAAGUGUCGGGCUUUACACAUUUCCGACAGGUAUCAAAUAAUACUCUAGAAUGGUCGGCCUACCGUAUGCAUGACGUCGAUCCGAUCUUUUUUGAUAAUGGCUUUCGAUUUGAAUGGAGAAACGGCGAUGUGGUCGAUGAACGAGGCUUUAAAUGUAUUGUGUAUCAAGAUGGAAAUCCAAUUGGAUCACCUACAACAUCAGUCGUUACAUCCUACGCGUGGGUUUAUACUUGGUAG